AUGAACGAACAACUUCGGCAAAUUAUCGGUUCAACCUGGCACGGCAGUCAUACCCCGUCGAGACCUGUGGAGCAGCGCUCCCGACACACCGGGGAGGACCCUCAGGCUGUACCAUUGUUGCUCCACACGAUCUGCCAUGGGCAUUGGGCCCUAGCAGCUGCACGUGCCCGCCCCGAACGGCGGCCGAGGGAUGCAUGCCAGCGCCGACGCCCGCCUGAGCGGCGGCUACGGACCCCGGAACUUGCAACUUCACAGGGCCGGAAGCUAUAUCAGUCAAAGCCCACACACCAACACGUGCUGGAAGGCGUUCCCACUGCCAGGCGAUCCGCCCGAGUAGCCCGCGCACCGCUCUCUAAGAGACGCUCCUGGAUCGUCUGCGCCGCUGCAUAG